AUGUAUUAUCUACAAUCGACUGAUCCUAAUAACUACGGGACAAUACAGUUUCAAGCAGAUCCUAACAUGGGGCAUCCAAGUAAGAUAAAGAUGAGAGUAAAAAGUGUCAGUACUAUGGCGAACUUUAUUGUUUGUGACGAAACAGAUUAUUUUGUCUUACAGUUAGACGAAGAUGGAGAAGAAAAGGUGUGUACAUUUAAGUCAGCUCUUUCAUUUGAUAUGGAUACUAUUGUAUCAAAACUACAAGAGAUUGUAACAAAACAGUUUGAUUAUUAUAACAAGAAAAAAGGUCAACAUAAUGUAACAGUUUCACUGAGUGCUACGAAUCAACUUAUAUUUACGUCACAGGACAAAGGACAUAAAGUCUAUUUAAAAGAUGCUUCACAUAGAGCAAAUCUUAUUUUAGGUGCAUAUGGAAUAGAACUACCUAUUGUACAUAAUUAUUAUCUACAAAUGCCAAAACCACCUAUGCUCAACUUCGGGUAUCAGUUAUACCUUCGUUCAUCAAUGUCUGUCAUCUCUGGGUUCAAUAAUAUUGACCAAGUUGAUGAUCGAAGAAAGAUCAUGUACAGAUCUACAUGUUAUAACAUCAAUGAGUUCUGGAUAUCUGGUAAACCACUUAUAUGUAAGGAAUCCUCACCAUGGAUAGAUGCAUUUCCAUGGGAACUAACUAAUGUUACGUUUACCUUAGUUGACUUCCAAGAUCAGCCUGUUCGAUUAUUGUCACCAAUGUUUAUGGUGAUAGAGAUUAAACCAGAUAAGCCAGAAGUUAGAGAAACCAAUGAUGUCAGUGAUGAUGAUACAGAAUCUUCGUACGAUUAUGAUUACGAUGACGAUUAA